AUGACGACGACGACGAUUCAGACGACGUGUGAUUUUUCAACGAGGAGCCUCGUGAGUACCAGCAGCAGUCAACAACGAUUACUCGUUUCUUCUUCUUCUUCUUCUCCUUUCGCGAGACGACAACACGGGAGAAGAGGAAGAAAUCUCACGGUGUCGUCAACGUCAUCCACCUCGACGACGGAAACGGAAACGACGGGGACGGAAAAACAACAACAAAAGUUAGAAGAACUUCCCAAGAGCACGUCGCAACAGGUUGAGUUAGCCGCGAAAUCGGUGAAAAAAGCCUUGGAAAGCGGGAAGAAGAAUGUGGAGGUGACUUUUGAUAUUCCUUUGAUUGGAGCGACGGAUUUAGAUGAUUGGCCGGGAGGCGUUCGGCAACAGUAUCAGAGUAUGAGUCCUAUGGUCGAAGCGCUUAUGAAAGCGGUGAGCGGAGAGAAGACGGUGGCGAAAAAAGUCAUCGACGACGCCGACGCGGUGGUGAAAGUGACCAGUGGUGACGACGUAUGCACGACCUUUCCAACCGCGGAGGUUCUCUCAGACUUGAAACAAAUAACAAAAGAUGCCAAGAGAGCGAACAUGAUCAUCAACCCGCAGUGGGUGCUGAACGGAAACAUAUUGAACGAUUUCGGUUUCGGCCCGUGGAGAGAGAAGAACGAAAAGUUUGUGAAAGAAUUUGAGAUUGCGUAUUUCUUGAAAGAACAAAGAAUUCAAGGCGAGACGUUUCGACUGCAGAAAGUCUUUGGCGGGCCGUGGCAAGUGUUUGUUCUAAAUCAGCAAACUGGGCAAGUCGAACCGUUGCCGCCGUUUGAGGAGAGACCAUCAUACCGCGAAUUAGAGGCGUUGUUACAGUCGAGAGAAGGUUCGAUUGCGGCUAUGAACUGGGUGGAAAGAGCGCAAUCGGAAAUGACGUUCAACGCGGAGAGUUUGACGCGUAAACCGAAUAACACCAACCAGGAUGAAUAA